AUGUGGCUGUUGUUUCUUCAGUUGUGUAAGCCUAGUCAAUUUUUUAUUCUGUUGGUUGUAUCGUCAGCAUUUGUGAUCGUCGAUGUUGGCGCCAGGAACUCUUGGACAGAUCAGUCGACUUCCGCCAGCAACGAAUCUGAGGUGAUCGAUGAAUUUCCUCCAGCAACGGAUGAUGGACUGAAAGCGAUGGACUGGAGUGCCGUUUGGCCUUAUUUCAAUACAGGUUGCCUGGAAUGGCUACCCAUCAAUCACGUCUAUUUCCAGCUAGCCAACAGUUUCCUCUUCCUGUCUUACCUGGCUCCCGCGGGACUUUAUGGGCUCAUCUACCUGCGUCUAACACUGGCCAUCGGCUCGGCUUUCUUGUCCAUUUGGGGAUGGAUUAUUAUUUGCGCUUUCGACACUUUUCUCUGGAACGCUCUUUUCUUUGCUAUCAACGCAGUCCAUGCCGUCGUCCUCAUUAUUUCAUUGCGACCUGUGGCCUUGGAUGAACAAGUGGAACAGGUGUACAGAAACCUUUUCAAGCCACUGAAAGUGUCAAAGCAGCAAUUCAAUAAAGUGGCGAAAUGUGUCAUGUCCAUCCGCCCAAUCAAACGAGGCGAAUAUUUUGCCGUCGAGCAAGAAACAGCAGUAGAGACCCUUUCGCUUUUACUAUCUGGAAUCAUGUUGGUCAUUGAAAGAGGAAAAACACUUUACGUUCUCUCUCCAAUGCAAUUCCUGGACUCACCGGACUGGUUUGACGAUUCAUGCGACCAUAUCUAUCAAGAGAGCAUUCAAGCUUGUGAGGAAUCGCGAGUCUUGCUCUGGCACCGUGAUAAGUUGCAAGCGAUCCUUCACAAGGAUCUUUUCUUGCAAUCUGUUUUCAAUCAGAUCCUUGGGCGAGACGUUGUUCAUAAGCUCAGCGAGACAAGCCGCAAUACGAACAUAGUGAAAGCCAAAGGGUUUAGUGAACUGAAUGGAUCGACUAUCGAAAAUGAGAAAUCGCCAAAUGGCAAACCCUCGGGAAAAGAGAACACGGCAAAGCGUGAUCAGCAGGCACUGGAACAACUGUCACUAUUAAAUGAGACUGUUACCAAGAACGUUACGUAUUCAUUAAACAAUAAAAGGCAAUUCUCCCGUUAACACAUAGUUACUACCUCACAGCACUGAUGUGUACAUCUUCAAGUAUUACCAUGUAACAGAGAUUUAAAAACAAAAAAAUCGUAGUUAAUCUUAAUAGUAAUACUUACUUAAUCAAAAAUUCCGACGAAUUUAUCUGACUCAAGGUUCUCAUAGAAUUCAAGAUUUCAUAUCAAGAUGAUCCUAGCUGGAUGGAUAAUGACUUAAAAUGAACAUGUUCCAUAAUUGGGAAACAAUUUUUAAUUGAAAUUCUUAUUUCUAAGAAUACACGAGUAUUUCUUCAA